AAUAAUUUCGAGCGAACAACAAUAUGUUUGCAAAUUUUCUUUAAACGCUGCAAACGUUACGUAACCUUUACACGUUCCAAAUUCCAAACUGCAAUGGCGUCACUUGUCACUACAAUAGUGCGUGGACUGAAGACGUGCGCCCCCAGGGCUUGCUAUGCCGGAGCUGUCCGAGAGGCAGGGGGCGUGCUGGCCCAGCGAGAGAAGGCGCAAGAGGAUCAGUACUUCUACAACCUCCAGAAGUACCAACUGAAGCGACUCCGAGACGACUGUGACAAGAAGAUAAAGUACCACAGGGACCAGAUCGACAAGCAUACUGAGGCUAUUCGUCGGGAGGAGCAGAAGUUUAAAUAAAAAUGUUUUCGUUUGGAACGAUCCAAGUAUGUUUCCAGUCACGUUACAAAUACCUGUUCUCAUUGGUAAAUUAUUGUAUGUAUUCAUUUUCCUUACAAAUUUGUCAAUAAAGCUUUAAUGGUAUUUUGAA